AUGGCCCUUGAAGAUGUCUGCAAUUCAUAUUUCAGCCGUGCUCGGCUUUCUCGUCUAAUGCAGGAAGACUAUGUCACUGUAAGGAAUUACUCUGAUGGAAUGGAAAGUGGAAGAAUCUCUGUAGCCCCUGGCACUGACCCAGCAAGCUUCCUAAGACAGCUUGACAGGGGUCCUAAAGGAUGUAGCCUUGAACUUGGGCAUGGUACCACCACACUGGCAUUCAAAUUCAAACAUGGAGUCAUUGCUGCAGCUGACACCAGAUCAUCCUGUGGAAAUUUGGUGUUCUGUCCAGCCUCUGAGAAGGUGAUUCCUAUCCAUAAGCAUCUGGUAGGGACUACGUCGGGUACAUCAGCAGACUGCUUUGUCUGGAAGCAUAUCUUAGCCCGUGAGUGUCGUCUCUAUGAACUAAGGAAUGGGCAAAGACUUACUGUGGCUGGUGCUUCUAAACUGCUGGCAAACAUGCUGUAUCAGUACAAAGGACUGGACCUCUGUGUGGCAAGCACACUCUGUGGCUGGGACCGGACAGGCCCUUCCCUCUACUAUGUCUACAGUGACGGAACACGGAUGGCAGGAGAUGUUUUCUCUGUUGGUUCAGGCUCACCCUACGCUUACAGUAUUCUAGAUUCUGAAUACCACUAUGAUAUGAGUGUAGAAGAAGCCUACUCAUUGGCACGCCGUGCUGUUUUCCACUCCACACAUCGGGAUGCUUACUCGGGAGGAUAUGUCGACCUCUAUCAUGUUCGUGAAACUGGAUGGAUCAAAGUAUCACGUGAGGACAUCUUCCCAGUUUAUUAUCAGGUCAUGCAAGCCAAACAAGAAAAUGAGAAGGAAAAACAGACUGGGAUUUGAGAAGAGACUCCAUUAUUUAACAACUAUUAGAAAGCAUGUAUACCUAAACUGCUACCUUGUAGUAGCUACAGAUAAAUUGUACCACAUAUUGCAAGACUUUAUUAGCAUGUUGAAGGACCGGUAAUUCAAUCAAGUUUAUUCUGAUAUAACAAUGUAAUUAAAUUAAAACAAGCUACACUUGUAGUGUUACUCAGUAAGAUCAGCAGAAAAAAAAAGGAUCACUUAUAGGCUUAACAAAUAGGAAGAGGUACAAAACUUUUUCUUUAUCAAAACACAGUGAAGGAGAAAUGGUAUGACACAUGAUGUUAUUGCUGAAGUUAAGUGAAAUGUGUCUAAGUUUCCAAGAUCAAGCUUGAAUUAUACUGGAAUGCA